UUGCUUAAAAUCUGAGGUUAAACAUUCUUUAUUUACAAACAAAAGUAAACAUUGGCUUUAGUGAAACUGAAAAUUUUAAAUCAUGAUUGACUCCUUGGCCUCUAUGGUCGUUGCUAUCCUUUUGUAUUUAAGUUUACAAUUUUAUACAUAUCAGAGUGCGGUAAAAGAUGGCACAGUCCGCUACAGGAGCACACAUAUCAUGAGUACUCUAAUUUAUAUGUAUGGAGGACUUUUGUUUAUUUAUAGAAUUGAAUGCCAGUUGUGGAAAUCAAACUCUCUGCUUUCCCGUUUCUUGUACAAGGUAAUAGCUACUGUAGUAGCUCUUGAAGUUCUCAUAAAUUGCCUGUGGAGGAGUAUUGAAUAUUUUAUUUUGGUCUUACUUCAAAGUGCAGUAAACAGUCUUUUUCAGAAGAUUGGUAUCAGCUCACAAGUUGGUGAAUGGCCAUUCACUUCUUUACUGUAUGUAAUUAGCCUUUCUAUCUAUCCAUUCGCCAACAACGGAGACCGAUACUAUGACUACUACUUCAAUAAUGACGACAGUGAUGACGAAACAUACCAAACAUCCUUGACUGACUCAACCUCUCUAAGCGAACACACUGGGUACGGAGACACUAACUUCCAGAAUACUGAAAUCCGCUUGCCACCCCCCACACCAGCGCGGGUCAGCUACCGAGGGAAGUACACUGUCACGGCUCGACAUAACGCUCCUCUACGCCGCAGUACCAGGCAUCGUAACCCCACUGUUAUAUGAAUCUUUAUACGCCUUUCUAGUAAUGUGGCAAAUAAAACAUUUUUCUACUA